CUCUCUCGAGCUGAAACUGCAGAGGGACUCGCGCACAUACACUAGCUCGCGUCUGCGCGUCGGCUGUUCAGUUUUCAGCGGGUGUCGCUAAACUCGUAUCCGCGCGAGGAAUUCUCGAGUCGCACAGAAGAGCUCCAGCAGCGCGCGGACACCCCGGCCACUCUCUCUCCGGUGAUGACCCACUAGGUCUCCAGUGUCCUGCGCUCACAGACCCCUGGCCUGCACACACCCACACAGAUACGAAAUGGCCGCUACCAAGAGCGGCUACGAGGGGAAGAUAGCCGGCCUGUACGAUCUGGACCGGACGCUGGGCAAAGGUCACUUCGCUGUGGUCAAACUGGCACGGCACGUUUUCACUGGCCAGCUGGUGGCUGUAAAAGUGAUCGAUAAGACGAAGCUGGACGCGCUGGCGAUGGGUCACCUGCUGCAGGAAGUUCGCUGCAUGAAGUUGGUGCAGCACCCCAAUGUGGUGCGACUGUACGAGGUGAUCGACACUCACUCCAAACUCUACCUGAUCCUGGAGCUGGGCGACGGCGGUGACAUGUACGACUACAUCCUGCGGCACGAGGGUGGCGUUGCCGAGGAAACGGCCAAGAUCCACUUUGCCCAGAUCGUCCGGGCCAUCACGUACUGCCACCGUCUCCAUGUGGUCCACAGGGACCUGAAGCCGGAGAACGUGGUGUUCUUCAGACAGCAAGGAACUGUCAAACUGACUGAUUUCGGCUUCAGUAACCACUUCCAGCCCGGCACCAUGCUGAUGACCAGCUGCGGAUCGCUCGCUUAUUCAGCUCCAGAGAUACUGCUGGGGGAGGAGUAUGACGCACCGGCUGUGGAUAUUUGGUCCCUGGGAGUGAUCCUCUACAUGCUGGUGUGUGGCCACCCACCGUUUCAGGAGGCCAACGACAGCGAGACGCUGAUCAUGAUCAUGGACUGCCGCUACACCGUCCCAGACCACGUCUCUGAAGAGUGUAAAGAUCUUAUCUCUAGGAUGUUGCAGAGGGACCCCUCUAAGCGGGCGAGUCUGGUUGAUAUUGAAGCCCACCCAUGGCUGCAAGGUGUUGACCCCUCGCCCUCCGGCCACAGCGCAGCCCCACUGACCUCCCAUCGCAGCCUGUCCCCCCACGAACACGAACUGAUCCUGCAGGCCAUGACCAGCGGCAACAUCGCCGACAGAGACACCAUCCAAGAAGCGCUGGAGGCUGACAGAUAUAACCACAUCACAGCCACGUACUACCUGCUGGGAGAACGCAUCCUACGAGACAAGCAGGAGCAGAACGGCCUCACUCCGGAGCAAAGACACGCCCAGAGGCCCUUAUCUGAGCCACUGGACCUGGUGGAAGGCCGGAGCCCGCAGGCAGAUCCUCUUAGAGGUGCUACUUUGGCUCCUGUGACUGUGCUAGGCUCCCUGUCUCCAGGGUUCCCUCGUCGUGGAGUGUGUGAGUCUGGGGACCUGCUGGCUCCCAAAUCCACCCGCCAGGAUGGCUCAUUUGCCGAUUUUGGCAGUCCAAGCCCCUCUGUGGGACUCAGCCUCCGGUCUGUAGCUCCAGACCCAGCGCCAGCUGUGAAAAGCCUUGGAGCCCUACAACAAAUCUGUGAGGAAGAAGAAGAGGAAGAAGAAGGGCAUGGCGAAGUUCCACUUGCUCUGCAACCUAGCAAACCCAACUUAGUAGUGUCAGCAGAACCAUCCUCACAAUCUCACAGAGAUUGUCUGGAAUUAAAGACCCAUGGGGGCCUGCGGCGGCUGAAAAUAAGGGGGAAGUGUGGAAUCCUGGCAGAAGAGGGGGAGCGUCAAGAGGAGGAUGCGGAAAGUGGCACAGAAAAGACCUCCCAAGAUUUAGCAACUAGCAUCAGCAAAGCCACAGAGCAGCACAGAGUGGAGAACACCAGCAAACCGCCCAGAGAAGACGAGGAGAAGCCAGAGACUGAGGACACUAACCAAAGUGAGCCAACAAAGAAAAAGAAGGAAGACUGGGGGAAUGCUACUGACCAGCUUAGCAAGGUUUCAGACAGAGCUGGAGCUGACAAUGACCAGAAUCUUCAGAAGUUAGACGUACUAGCACCUAGCCUUGGCGCCGUGCAAUGUUGCUUGGGUCAGCGUGAGCCCUCCAAGGACACUCUAGAGGAUAACAACAACACCCCUUCAAAGCCAAAGCUGCUGGACAAAGGUGUGAUCUCUGCCCCUUGUAGCUCACCAAGAUCCCUACCCAAGAACCACUGUGUGGACCUGGGUCCAGAUGGGGUGGAGAUGCGCAGGACGGGUGGGGAGGGUGAGAAGAUGGAGGAGACCCAGACCAAACCUCAGCGAGGCCAGCGAGUAUCCAGGGAAGCUGGCACAGACAUCAAAAACAAGAACGUCAACCUGCGAGACCGCCUGUUGCAGUUCCCACUCUGCGAGAAAGCCCUGUCCUUCAACAUUCAACCCACCUCCAAAGAAAAACUGCUUCCCUUUGCUCAGUAUAACUGUUGUCACGUGCUAUAGAAACAGACAUUCUGAAAGAGAGAAUGAGAGGGAAUUUGAAAACCUCACCCUUUCCCAAAUCGGCCCAUUCCCAAAUGGUGUGAAAGCCGUCCAAACCUUCGCCAGCAUCAAAUCAGCUUGUGGAUCAAGUUCUUCUCAUUCGUCCUCCCCUCUGAACCACCAGUAGUUUUUUAAAGACACGGCAUGUGUCCUCCUCUCUUACUGUGACCUCAGAGAUGCCCUGGCUACACACAGAAAGCGCCCAAUCUACUUGAUAUACACCCGUAGCUCGCCCCACCCCUGACCCAGCAUUCCCUGCUGCUUUGCUGUGUGGUGGUUAAUCCCCCAGCGCUGCUGUGUAUAUAAACACCUGUAUCUUCUGAUGCCACUUGCUGUGUUGUGUGCUAUCUCAGUGACCUUUAUUAGAAUUAGAGUAUGUCUUGCCAGAGUAAGAGCCCCCUGUUUAAUACAAUCGCUUGUUGUUUUACACUGUAAGAGCAGAGCUUCACCUAAAAAGAUGGCACAUGUAGUGCAGACGUUAAAGAAAUAGUUUGAUCAAAGGCUCCCAUGGAAAAAGGAAAAUACUGCGAUAUGUUUUAAUAUAUUCCAAAAUAUGAAUAGAAUACGUUUUGAAUAUAUUACAUUUUUGCAUAAGCCAACUUGACUAGAAUCGGUAGCACGGCGAAAUCAACACACUGUGAACUGAGAUACUAGUUUAUCACUAUGAGUAUAAUGUAUACUGUAGAAUGGGAUGGCUGAACUAUUUCUUUAAUAGUGCUAAAAAACCCAGACAAAGCUUUUUCUAAAGGAUCUGGCGAGGAAGUAUGGAACUGCGCUAGAUUUCCUAAAACUUCACAGCAUCACAAUUACCUUUUAACUAUGUAUUAGAGACCAAGUAACAAUCAGGGUGGUGCUGGGAAACCUUUAGGAAAGUCUGGUUCAGUUUGCGGAGAACAUACUUCAGUGCAGGAUCUUUGUGAAGGUGCAUGCCACUGGCCCUAUGGCAACUGUGCCUGUUCCACUGGCCAGUGUUGGUGGGGUUUUAGUGGGGCCAGGAUGCAUGAGAGGUAGGCCAAGCAUUUUGCUGUAUGGGAGCAUGCUACAUUAGCACAGCUUAGAGUAGCAUUAGCACCACACUAGCUGGGUUGACCAGGGAAAGGCUUGGAAUUAUAUCUGUGAUACAUUUUUCCAAGGAAAAGGACUUGAACAGAGGUUAUAGAGAGACUUUCUGUGAAAAGGACAUUACCUGACAGGAGAAGACUGGUCUUCCUGAAGCUAUGUUUUUUUGGGGAUUUUUUUUUUUAAGUACUUAUAUUCUUGGGAUUUUUAUCAUAUCAGAGCCUUAUUAAGGGUAUGUUGGAAACAUGGUGACAAGACUUCAUAUCAUUCAUUGUUUUUAUUUUGAAUUUUAUUUUAUUGUAUUGUUACAUAAGAGGACCUACUUGAGAGACUGAGACAGCUAGGUUGUAUAAUCUUGAACAUAAAUCUUGAUUUUAUUGUUUGGGUGCAUCUUGACUGUUGAACAGGCAGUCUCUUGGUAUAAGCUCUUGGACACGUCUGGUCAUGUACAGUGUGUAUAUAUUCUUUUCAGCAUGUGUUAUGUGUGUAUAUGCUAUUAACAUGACAUGGUGUUUUGACCUAACAUACCGUUUGAUGAAACAAGCUCUUCCCCUCCUUGUCAUGAGCUGUCUUACAGUGAAGGGAGAACAAAACAUUCCCCUAAAGGAAAGUGAGAUUGUGGAAAAGAUGUUUAGAUACACAAAAGCUUAAUUUUGUCUGACAGUUGCAGAACUUUGUGUGUUAAAUUAAUGAGGCUAAGCUUAGUGCAAGUUUUCUCUUAAUACAGCAGUGUUUUGGUCGUGGAUAAUUGCUAUAUUGCGUGAGCCUAAAACCACCAGGUCAGUAGGUCAAUGUCAGCCACAAGUAUUCCUCUAAAUAGCCCAAAUCCACAUUGUCCAGGUAGCUUUACUAGUGGUGGCUAUUGGUCCUCUGGUACUCUCAGUGACGUGUACGUGGCUGGUUACGUUUUCCUGAAGUAUGAGGGAUAUAGAUUCCUUUCACGCGUGAUCAAAUCAGUCUUGUGAGUUUACUAUUUGAUAUGGCACAGCUGAAACACAGGUGCAAACAGAUCACAUUCGUGGCACACUGAUAGCCUUUCAUAUAAACCACAGAUAAGCUGGCCCAGAAGCAGCCUAUGAACAGCGCAGUCAAAUAUGCUACAAUGUACUAGGUGCUUUGAGGAGAACUUGCAGUAAGGGGUCAAUACUGAAUAUGUCCAACAGCAACUGAAAGGUUCAGAUUCUCUUAACAAUAUACACUGUAAAUGCUCAUUUAUAUGAACAAACCAUAAAUGUUCACGUCCAAGAUCGGGACAAAUAUUUAGCUUGACCAGCGACAUCAGCCAUGUAAUGUUUAAGACUAAGAGUUGUGCUUCAGGAUCAGGUUUCCCUCUAUCUGCACUCUUAAAAAGUUACAGAAAAGUGCUCCAAAGGUAAAGCAUUUAAGAUCUUCAUCUUGGUGCUCAAAACUUUCAAAACACCAUAGCUAGCUUUAAAAGUGGAGGUUCUUCAAGCUUUAAAAAAAUGUUCUUCACAUUUAAUUUACGAAAAAAAUUAUUCUUUCAAAACUGUCAAUUGACAAGUUGUUUAAGGAACCAAAAGUGGUUAUUCAAUGGUUAUUUGUCUAUCAGCCACCUUGAUUGUUGAGUGCAUCAUAGAGAGCAUUUUUUCACUUACAUUUCCUUUAAAAAGAAAUCCUAACAAACAUUUUGUUUUUAACAAAGGGUAAUGUUUUAUUCAAUUUCCAAAGAUGAUCAUGUUUUACGGCAUUUUUCUGAUGCUCUUAUUCGGAGCGACUUACAAUUUGAUCAUUUUACACAGGUAGGCCAAGGUGGUGUUAGGAGUCUUGCCCAAGGACCCUUAUUGGUAUAGUGUAGGGUGUUUGCCCUGGUCGGGGAUUGAACCCCAGUCUACAGUGUAGAAGGCAAAGGUGUUACCCACUACACUAACCAACCAUGUGUUUAAAGAGUGACCCUGAUCCUGUACUACAACUCAGUAGAUGCUUUAUGACUGUAGGUCUGCUGCAAAUAUCUGACUGUACAUGAAAAACAACAAGCAGAAAGACUGUACAAGUCAUGAUCACCAUUCUUUACUCACCCCUCACUUUUCUUAUUUUUCAUUUUCUCAUUUAGCUUGAGUCUCCUGUUUACUGACCAGUUGCAACCACUCCACAUGGGAGAAUGACAGCUGGACAUGUCUAUAGUCCCAUUGACCCUUAUUAAAUCUAUGACUCUGUCUCAAUGAGAUUAAUUUAUUUUUGUAUUUAUUUAUUAAAAUGGAUUAAACCAAA